AUGACAUUAGGCAUAAACCCCCGCAAGCGCCCCCCAAAUGCAAACAUAACCUUCAUCACGGCACUGCCCGGAGAAGACUACGAUGUAGCGUUGGAUUAUUUGGAGAGGAUCGCGGCGAUUGUGUUUCCGGUUAUGAGGGAUAAUGGACUUGCGGUUAUGUCGUUGGACGAAUUCCCGGCGACUAUGGAGUUUUGGGGGAGGAAUUUCAACGCUGGAGAGGUUAUCCAGCUAGUACUCAAGAAUCCCAAUACUGGUGCCUGGCUGCCGUUCAGUUUUGUACAGCGGGUUAUGAUACAUGAGCUUGCGCAUAUUAAACAGAUGAACCACUCUAGAUCCUUCUGGUCUGUCAACAGCAAAUUCUCAACACAACUUCAAGUCCUCAGGGCAAAGGGGUAUACUGGCGAAGGCUUCUGGUCGGCGGGGAGAACUUUAUUGUCAGAGCGACACACGCACGAUCAGCCACUUGCUGAGGAUGAUAUGCCAAAGUCACUUUGUGGCGGAACAUACCGCUCCUACGAAAAACGAAAAAGCACACAGGACGCCAACUAUCGAGCGAAAAAGCCAAAACUAACCUACGCCGAGCGCCAACAAUACCGUAAAGAGCGGAAAUUCGGACCUAGCGAAGGGGAGAAAGUUGGCGCAGAUGACAAUACAAGAAGUGUCUUGGAACAUGGGAAGAAGUCGACGGCUGCGCCGAGGAUCGCGCAGAGCGCACGGGGGAGGGAGUUGAGGGCUGCGGCAGCGCUGAAGAGGUUUGAGGUGCUGAAGGUGGAGAGGGUUGAGGGGGGGGUUGGGGAUGAGAGCGACAGUAAUACUGAGAGUAAGGGUGAUUGGGACGAAGAUGAGAAGAAAGUCGAUGUCGGUGGCGGGAAGUACCUUGAUGCGUGUGGGCAUGGGACGGCAUGGGAGUGUUUUGACGAGGAGAGUACCGGUAUGAGUGGGAAAGGGAAGGGACGGGAACAACCACGGGGGUCCACAUCGAACAAUAGCGCAAAGAAAGACGCAGUCGACCUUACCAACGACGACUCCCAGGCACCACCUCCCAACUGCAAACCUCAAACCCUCAACCCACCAUUGGCACUGCCAAACCCUCAAAAUCCCAUCCUAUCCCUUUCCUCUCGCCCUAAGGCCAAGGCCCCCAACGAGGCUUCAAAAACCACCUGCACCGCAUGCUCAUUCGCUAACGACCCAACGUCGACGCUGUGCUGUGUCUGUGCUAAUGUUUUAAAUCCUGGGCGUAUGAAGAAUGCAUGGAAGUGCUCGUGUUAUGGAGAUUUGCGUUAUAUGAAUCCGGGGGAUGCUGGUAUCUGUGGGGUUUGUGGAGGGAGGGGUGGUAGGGGGUGGUAGGGGGUGGUAGGGGGUGGGUUGGAGUUUUCAAGAAUUUUUUUUCUAAAAGGGGGGUUAAGUUGUGUUUUAUGGGUUUUUCAUGGUUCGGGCGAUGAAUGAUUGCUUGCGCGUGGUUUCAUGAGUGAAAAUGCAGCGUAAUAAUGUUAUGUUACCA